AUGUUUUUGCGCCAGCAGUCACUGCCGCCAUUGAACCAGAGACCACUGGAGAUGAAGAAUCUGUACACCAAGACGAAGGUAGAAGCGAGCAGGAGCGCGAAUGGGAAGCGACUUUUUGGAAAGAGAAAGUGAGCUUCCAAUUCGCUUCCCGGUCACCGUGGAGCGUGACGGUCGCCCGCGAGGCGUACCCGCCCCCAACACCAAAGAGCGGCUCGAGUUCGCGUCUUUCCGCCUCUGCCUUAACACCGAAGAAACGAAAAUUUCUUAAUGAGGGCCUGACAGCCAUAUGCUUUUCUUCUCGAAGUCUCCUGAAUCUCCGCUGCACGUACUCGCGCUUUCAAGCUCAGGGAGGAAGGCACCGCCCUAUCUUGGAAGCAAGAAGAAGGAGGAGGAGGAGAAGAGGCAGAAGAAGGAUGGAUGGUGUAGUGAGGAGGUCGUCCAGAGGGAUGCUUCCGUUUCUGGCGCUAAACGUCGCAAACGAAUUCUAUCGCCUCGAGCGGAAGCCCCCAGUCACGGCGGGGCUGCUACUGGCCAAUACCCUCAUCUACCUGAGGCCCGGCGUACUCGAUGCCCUACUCCCCACCAUAGAUGAGGUCUGGUUCAAUCCCCACAUCAUUGUCAAGAAUCGGGAUCUGAAGCGUUUCUUCUUAUCUGCUUUCUAUCACAUGGGCGAGUCCCACCUUGUCUACAAUAUGCUAUCAUUGCUGUGGAAGGGGGUUCAACUGGAAAUUUCAAUGGGAAGUGUUGAUUUUGCAUCUAUGGUAGCAGCUUUGCUCGCCAUGUCUCAAGGCAUCACGCUUGCCCUAGCAAAAAUGUUGGUACUGUUUGAUUAUGAUAAAGCCUACUACCAGGAGUACGCUGUUGGUUUCUCGGGCGUGCUUUUCGCCAUGAAGGUGGUACUCAAUUCUCAGUCGGAUGAUUAUACUUAUGUCCAUGGGCUGAUUGUCCCAUCACGCUAUGCUGCAUGGGCUGAACUUGUUCUCAUCCAGAUGUUUGUGCCAGGAGUUUCAUUUCUUGGCCCUGGGGGCAUACUUGCUGGUAUGCUUUACCUGCAUUUCAGAGGGGAACGUAUCAGAUCAGAUCCUCUUACUAUACUGCUUAGAAAGGUCGUUGGCGUUUUAAGUCGUCCUGUCCGGUACAUCAAGGACUAUUUGACAGGCCAACGCAGACGGACCUUUGGCAGGGGGAGUGUUGGAAGAACAAGGAGUGAUGCUGUGUGGCGAUGCCCAGUUUGUACAUUUGAUAACGCCGUUAGCUUGAGGAGGUGUGAAAUGUGCGAGACACCAAGGGAAGGUGGUGCUUUUCCAACCAAUCGGAAUCGUGAGCUGUCAGCAGAGGAGCUCCGCAGGAGGAGACUGGAGAGGUUCUCCAGCUGAAGCAUGCACAACAGGUUGGAAUCAAGUUGACCUGGAGGCAUCUUUUACCGGUUUCUUGUGAGGGGAAUUUGGGUUUGCAGCUGACUUUGGUAAAGAUUGGCUUCCAUGGCAGGGGUUUUUGGGGGUCUUUUUUUGGUUUUAAAUAAAAAAAUUUAUUAUUGCAUAUCUGCUGAAGUCUACAUCUGUACAAGCUGUAUAAAACAUGGUUAUAUGACAAUUAUAUGGGGGUUUGUUGACCCCAUCAAUAUGGGAUA